AGAUCCAGAAAACCAAGCUAGGAAGUAUUUUCCUGACCUGGGCAGCUCUUCGGAUCUUCUUGCUACUGUGGGUUGUGAAGAGAUUUUUGGCUAACUGGAUCUUUCACCUGCUGGUCUAACACCAAAGGUUGGAAAUGCUGUGAAGACAACAAUUCCUUGGAAGAAAAAACUGGGAAAUAGUGUACCAAGGCAGGAUUUAAACUUAUUCUGCAGAAAGGCAGGUUGCGCCAUGGGAAGCAAAGGAUCUGUAUUAUGCUGGUAAUGAGUUACAAGAAGAGUGAUUGCUUGGCUACCUGAGAUGCAGUUACUUGCCUUAGUGCUGUUCCUAACUCACUUGAUUUCUGCCUGCUUCCCCCUUGCAAACUCGCUGAACUCUGUCAGUUGCUCACCGGGCCUGGGCUGUCAGCUAAAAAAGAAGGAUCCUCCGUGCAUACCUAGUGAACCCAGAUCAGAUCCAGAACUAGAUCCAAUCCUAAGGCUGAUUCAGAUGAACCCAAGGAACACUCUUUGGUGCCCGGAGGAGGGAGACUGCAUUCCUUGCGUGCAAGUGAUGUUAACUCUUGGAUUACUGGGGCCAUCUGCAUUGGGUGCCAAACAAGAUGGAGGAGCCAACAAGAUCAGAGAGCAGCCCAAGGGACACCCUAAGAAAAUCCCACGAACACACAUUUUUCUCAUGGCUGAGACAUAUUCUUCUCUUUCUCGUUGUGUUGAAGUGGAGGUUUGGCUUCCCUACGAUUGGGAAAGUCAAAAUAAUUCCUUGGGGUCCCUGCAGUACAACUGCUUCCCAAUAGCUCUCAGUGGGGAAUUGCAUCUCAGAGUCUUUAUGAGGCCUCACUAUCAUUCUACAGGUGUGUUACAAGUCAUGCACCAUGGACCAGACUGUACCUGGCCCAAAGCCACAGAUGCCAUUCACCUGUGUCAAGUCCCAAGAUUAGCCACUUCUGUGGGGCUACAGUCGGCAAUUCUACAUGUGCAAAACGUCCCUAAAGGACUGCAUUUCAAACUCUGGCUGUAUCUGAAUCGGACCGACGGAUUGCAAGGUCUUGAUCAGGGGACUCCCAAGUUGCUGACUGGAUCGGAGAAUGUGAGUUUACCAAUCUCGCAGGUGUUUCCUUGUCUCUGCUUUCAGGUCUGGCCCAAGAUUGAAGACCAAGCUGACACACCUCGAACGCAUCUCUGUCCCUUUGUAAAUGACCGAGCAGCUUUGGCCAGGGCCUGGGCACACAGCCGCUUGGAAGUUCACCCUUCUCGUGAGAGUUUGAGCUGCUUGGUUUCUGCUCCAUGUGACCUGCAAGGAGAGCUGGUUCCCUGUUGGCGGAUGGAAGAGCUUGCCUGCCACCCUCUGCAUCCCCACCUGCAUCUGGCCCUCAUUCCAAAUGAACCACAAGAGUUCCCAAGAUUGAGACCUCAUCCUAACCUCUGUGUGCAGGUAAGAAGGAAUGGAAGCACCUACCUCCAAAGCUGCCUGCAGGAUGAUGUCCCAAAAAGUCAGCAAUACCUACUGUUUCAGGAGAUUCGGGAUACCCAGGGAAAUCUGUUAGUUCAAAUUAUGGAGCAAGGCACCUGGGUCUCCCCUGCUCAAGUCUCCAAUACAGUAAGAAGAAGGAGGUUGGAGGAAGACCUGAGGAAGAGUAUGCAGUUAGGGAAAUGCACAGAGGUGUGGCAAGAAGAAGGGACCAAUGCUACUAUAUUCUGGGCAUGUUCAGUGGAGCAUUAUCCCCGGACCUACUGGGUACUGAUCUGGUUGGUCACCCUCCUAGGUAGCUGCUGUGUUCUACUCAUGCUCCUGUUCAAGAAAGAAGCUGUAAAAGGCUGGUUCAAGAUCCUGAAAGAAGAUUACAGUUCCAGAGGAAUGCUUCAGGGACGACAGGUCCUCAUUCUCUACUCUCCAGAUCAUGAAGGUUAUGAGCGUGUGGUGGGCGUCCUGGCAGAUGCACUGACUCAGCUGCAAGCAUCUGUAUCCCUGGAGUUGUGGAGCCGUGGGGAGUUGGGGUCUCUGGGGCCCAUGCAGUGGUUCCAUGCACAGCGACAUUUGGUCCUUCAAGAAGGCGGAGUUAUUGUGCUGCUGUUUUCCCAUGGUGCCGUGGCCAGUUGUGCAGAGUGGCUGGGCUGGAAACAAAACUUCCUUCGGUCCGCCGUCAAACCAGACAGCACAUUCUUGGCUUCCCUCAACUGCGUCCUGCCUGAUUUCCUAGCUGGUGAGGCCAGGGCCACCUACAUUGUCAGCUGUUUUGAGGAGCUCCUUCCAGUCAGUGAAAUCCCUGAGCUCUUCUGUUCAGUACCUGUCUAUCCUCUGCCCUCUCAGCUCUUUAGCUUCCUGCUGGACCUGGCUGGCCCCAGGGUAGGACACCAACAGAGGAUCAGCCUCAAGAGACAUGCAGGGUGCAUCCGCAAAAGCCUGGAACAGGCAGCACAUGAAUGCCAGCAAAAGUACCCCAGCUAGCAGAACCUGUAAUUGUUGCUUUCCCAGCUGGAGGAUAGAAAGAGAGAAUGCAUUCUGUCACCAUCCUUGAGGAAUAAGAUUUUCAGAAGUGAGCUGGUCAAAGUACAUCUGAAUGUACUGACCUAAAAUGUCUAUACUAGUUUUCCCAACAAGUCAGAAUGGCUGGUCUGUUUCUGUAAUUUGGAAAGAGACCUGUGAUGGUGUAAUAAGACUGGAUCAUGGAUGGGAACUUGUUUUGCAUAGCGGUUCAAGUGAGAUUCAAGUACCUAUUCAAAGUGGAAUGGUAGAGAUAAGGAGAUUGUCAUCGUAUUACAGAAUGGUAACCAGCCAAUAAUAUGAAGAGAGGCCAUCAGUAGAUCCAGAACAGACGAUCUCCAAAGGUGUGGGCCUCUCACCUUCACGCCUUGCUUUGCGCUCCCUUGAAGCAACUGCUUGGCCAGCAAAAUGCAAUGAUGACAAAACCUAGAAAUACUCAAAUUAGAGUGGUGCAGAGCGCUUCAUGAAAUUAGCUGCUCGGAGCAUCAAGGGAGCCAUGUCCUGCAAAGUCCCAGCGUGGCUUGGUUUUGAUGGAAAGAUCUUCAGGGUAGGCAUUUGUAUUUCAGAAAGUUAGGAAAACAUCUCAGAACGGUGACACUGAACAUACAGCUACCUCAGCAAGUUUGGAAGGAUGUGUUUAUUGGUUUCCAGAAAGUUCCUUCAGAUGGUUCGCACAGCCUUUAAUUAAAAAUGAAAAGGGCUUUGA